UGCGAGGAUGACGGGGUCAGAGUUGAAAGGUUGUGGUCAGAUUUGUUAUGGUGAGAGAAUAGUGAUGAGGAGAGAACUAACGAAUGCCCUAUCUGGAUAGCCGAUGAUAAGCUGUCGGCAUCAGCUGCUCAUUGUUGUAUAGCUGCAACUCAUGUGGCCAUCGGAGACAUCCGUCGAUCAGGGGCACGGCCUUAUAAAAGUGAGAAAAGUGAGGCGAGCGGUACUCGUUCGGUGAACGCAGACGUGGCGGCUGCUGAUAUGCCUAACCCAAACGUGGCAGAGAAUGCAGCUGUAUACACGCGUGGAGAGGCAAGCUCUAUGUCGUCAUACGAUGUCUGGCUAUACUCUAUCCUUGGAGCUGUUGUUGUUGGACUGAGCGGAAUUUUUCCACUUCUUGUCAUUCCCCUUGAAGCGGGGCCAUCUCUAAAACAUGGAGCAGCGGCAUCCCGGCUAAAGCUGAUGCUGAGCUUUGCUGUGGGCAGUCUUCUGGGUGAUGUCUUCUGCCAUCUGCUGCCCGAGGUUUGGAGCUUCAUCGACCGAGAUGACCAUAAAAGCCAUAUCAAAGUUGGUGUGUGGGUCAUUGGAGGCUUGCUUUUCUUCUUGAUCAUUGAGAAAUUGUUUGGUGAUGAAACAGAGUUUGAAGUGCUGCAAGAUACCUGUGAUGAAAUUAAUAACCAGGAACACCCAGACGCAGAAGUUAUGCCGAAGACCCUCAGCUCAGGACUUUCUGAGACAAGAAAACGAAAAACGAUAGAGUCUGAUUCAAUCAAUGUGUUUGCCACUCAAAAUGGAAAAUCUCAAAGGAAGCACAUAACAAACAGAAAUAUACCUCCAAGUGCAUCAGAUACCAAUAGUUCUCAUAUAAAGGUCAGUGGCUACCUUAACUUGUUUGCCAAUGUGGUGGAUAAUUUUACUCAUGGCCUAGCAGUUGCUGGCAGUUUUCUCAUUAGUUAUCGGGUUGGAAUUUUAACUACAGUAGCUAUUUUACUCCAUGAAGUCCCACAUGAAGUUGGAGACUUUGCCAUUCUCCUUCGAUCUGGAUUUGACAGAUGGCGAGCAGCAAGGGCUCAGUUUCUCACUGCCACUGGUGGUGUUGUCGGAGCAAUGACUGCAUUGCUGUCAGAAUCAGCACAGUCUGCAGAGGAAAGAACUCUGUGGGUUUUGCCGUUCACUUCUGGUGGUUUCCUGUACAUAGCACUUGUGACUGUGGUACCAGACUUGUUAGCAGAAAGACACAUACUCGAGUCCUUGAAGCAGAUAGGUUGCCUUCUCCUUGGAAUACUUUCCAUGGUGUUUGUUACUCUAGUGUUUGACUGACAUGUCUGGGGAGCUAAUGAACAAGUUGUCAGCCGUAGAAAAAUGUCAUACUGGCCAGAGCUUUUUGUCCUCCUUCAAAGAAAUUAAUGAGCGAAAGAUUGAGAGAGUGUGUGUGUGUUUGUUUCAGGGAGGGGAGUUUGUUGUGUGGGUACAUUGUAUGAAAGAAUUCUCUGGAGGUUAUGUUAAUAUUUAAAGAAUACUAUUUUAUUGGUGUUAAGUACAACAUCUCAUGUGUACAUGUACAGUGUUGUCUGUAAUUUUUUUAAAAGUGAAAGUCUCUUUAAGAACAUAUUUUUGUGAAAGCAGUGAGGAUGUACUUAGAACCGGUGUUCUAUGACUUCUCCAUAAAAGUAAGAAUAAUUUGUAUAUUUCCCUUUGUGAGUGGUCUGGUAGACAGACAAAAAAUGCAUGUAAUAUGUACUUUGUAAAUGACUUGAUACAGUCACACAUGCAGCAUUGAUCUACUUGACUUACAGAGAUGCAAGUUUAGCAAACUAAGUAAUGAUAGGCUAUCAUAACCAGAUCUUUGAUAUACAGGGGUUAUUUUUUUCUGUAUGUCAUGAGGAAAAGGGCAGCAGCUGUCAUCUUUAGUCAUACACUGCAAGGGAGGUAACAUGUGAAAUGUAAAGUAGGCCAUAGUCUGUUAGCUGAGAUAAGAGAACAUGGUUACCAUGAUUUCUAUAAUUGACCAGAAUUUUUAAGAUUACUAGGUAUAGGCCGCUUUGCCUGUAACUAACUCCUAAUAUUAUGGUAUUAUUUAUUAAUGCUGACUAAAAGAUGAAAUUCUUAGAAGUCAAAGCUAGUAAUUCUAGAAUCAAGACAAUUUUAAGCAUCAGAUGGUAAUGAUUUCUUCCCAAAAUUAUGCAAUGUGUGCUGGAGUGUAACUAGUUCUAUAAGUUCACUGCUAUUGGCAUUGAUAGCCCACAAAUGUAGGCACAUUCAGAUCACCUGUUGCCCAGCCAUAUAAGUAUGUUGUCAGUAAAUAUAUUUACAUGAUUUUUGAAAUAAUGUUGUAUGUCAAAAAUUUGCAUAUCAUCAUUACUUAAUAUUCAUAGAUUUUGGCAUCCCGAACACUGACUAAAAUUUCUAUGACUCAUUUUUAUAUUGUUUGGCAAAUUCCUUCCCAUAUUUUCUAGUGAGUUGAAUGUGAAGACCCUAUUGUCAUAUUCAGCAUAUAAGAAGUACUUUGUUGAUCAUAGUGCAGGCAAGACUGAACAAUGCUCUUUCUCAUUUUGAAAAAUAUAUUCAUGUGUAGUGCCUUAAUACUUGCAGCUAACAUACAAUACUGAUCAGAUAUUGGUUGCUUGAGAUAUCAUCCUAAUGAUUUUUUUUUUUGUGUUUGUGAAAAGUAGAGCUGAUCUCAAAUCCUCCUGAGAAAGGUUUUAUCAAAGCAGGACAAACUCAGAAAGGCAUGUGAGCCAAUUGUUGAGGGGGACUAAAGCAGGUGAAGCAGGUGACUUGGUGUAAUUAUGAUCAUUUGCCACUUCACACAUUUUCCCCACAGAUUAUUAUAAUUGCAAUAUGACAAGGGUGCUAGGAAAAUCUUCAUCUGCUAUGAAGGUUUCAAAUAAUUUCGAGCAAACUGGAGACAUUUUUGCUGUAUUUUGAGCACGUUUAAUUUGUGUGAUCUGGGCUGAUCGGCAGGAGAAGAUAACAUUUGUUUUCUGUCUAUGGCUACGCUUGAGUUGGCUAUUGGAGACUUUAAAACAAGACUUAUUAAAAGCACUUUCUUUGUUUAGAACUUAAGCUGCAUAAAAAAGAUGUUGAUAUAAGGCAUUGCAUGUUCUUAAACAAAUGCACAUUUUUGACUCAUUUUUGCAGAAUCAUACAGUGAAGGCAUAGAAUUUGCCACUCCGCAAUUUUGUGGGUCGUAUGAACAUUCAUACUUCCUCUCCACAAUGUAAAUAGUCAUAAAGUCAUCCUGCAAACGGCCAAUUUUCUGCGCAGCUGGGAGAUACACACAGCCAUGCAACCCAGCAUAACUGUUGUGGUUAAUUUUGUUAUAGAAGCAGGGAACAUGAUUACACAAACUUAUGCUUUUAACGCAUGCUUAAAAACAUUAAAUAGCAUUGAAUUUUCAUAUUAGUAAUAUCAAUAAUAUACGUCUAGAAAGUCCUGAUGGAUUAUAUUGCAGCUAUGCAGUAAUACUCCCUCAGUUUUGUGUUCGCUGGAGUGAGGUAGGAUUAUCCCCAUCCCACCUAUUUCCUGGGCAGGCUUUGAUGUAUGCAGACCUGCAUCUCUGCUUGCCAUGAUACUGUACACGGCACAGCUGCAGGUCUGAUGCUGUGGAAAAUUUAGCAGUAUAUAUAUAUAUCCUCUACUUCAUGCCAGGAGUGUUGCUAACCAGCUCUUUGUAAAAGCAACAAGACUCCAUUUACAACAAGCAUAAUGUAGAAGGGUUUUCAGAAAGUAUCAUGAUACCAAUGUUUUUCAUUUGCAUCAACAUUGUGCAUGUUUGUACCUUUUCGACAUAUAAAUAGUUAUUUUGUGUAGAUUUGCUGGCAUACAUAUGCACAUAUUCCCUCCAGUAAGUUAUUGCAUUUUAUCAGUUUUUUAAUUGCCUUUAGGCUUAAUUUCAUUACACCUGUGUGUGUGUCUUGACAGGGUGUGUGUGUGUGGGGGGGAGAAAUGUAGUAAUUAUAUAUUCAGCUUCAGUUAAUAUUGUUUUAUUUUAUAGCCUGUACAUGCUCUGAGCACCCACCCUGGACAUUGGUGAUUCUGUGACGGGUAUUCGCAUGCAGUAAUGCUUGUAAAUAGCCUUCAUGACAUUUUCCCCACUAUCUGUCCCACUGGCACCAUGUUGAGUGUGUCAGCCCACUGCGAUGAACAUACGCAUCUGUGAGAUGGUCUGCACGCGUAAAGUUAUCAGUCUUUCUACGGCAUAUCUAUUUAGUAUUGCUUCAUGUUUACAUUUUCCAAUGGUUUACGCAUGUCUGUCAGCAAUAGAUCAUUCUUUAUGUGUUUGCUGUGGUUUGCUUUCCGUCCGUAAUGUUACGGUCAAUGCACGACAAUUGCUUGAAUGCAGCUUCAUGCUUAAAUGUGUUCUUGAAAGGUGGGCACUAAACACCUCUUUGUCAUAAUAUGUACACUGCAUAAAUCAACGUUUUCUUGUGCUGAAGCUGUCAGAAAUGACCGACGACUAGUGACAUUACUAAUGAUUACAGAACUACAAUUCUGUUUGAGUAGUAAUCUAAGUAACACCAGGAAUUUUGUAUUAGAACAAAGUUAAAGCUUAGUUCUUAGGACACCUGUUGUCAUGUGCCAGUUCCUAGGACAUCAGUUGUCAUAUCCCAGUUCUUUCUCAGGAUAUCCAUAUUCUUAGAACAUCUGUUGUCAAAUCCCAUUAGGACAUCCAGUGUCAUAUCCCAGUUCUUUCUCAGGACACCUGUUGUCAUAUCCCAGUUCUUCCUGAGGACAUCUGUUGUCUUUCUUUUAUGCACGACUUGAACUUCUUUCUUUAUGUUUGUCUCCAACGCAUUUUGGUGUAAAUAUUUACUUGGUUACAUCGUUUCUUGUGAUGCAACAUUUUCUUGUAACUUUGUACUAUGUGAAUUCCUCAGAUAUAUUGGAGAAACGUUUGUGAGGACAAUCCGUUCCAUGCAUUCGAUAUUAAAUGACAUUCUACAAUGCUUUCAUCACAGAAAAAAAAUUGUAAUCCAACAAAUCAGCAUACUGCUUUUAAGAGCAUAUAUAUUUCUAUAUAUUUUAAUAAGUGCGUGCAGUGACAUUAUAGUUUGCUUUAUGUAUGCUAUCCUUGCCACAUAUAUCUUGUAGAUAAGCAUUGAACAGACCUCAAUGAUUAAUGUCAGAAAAAGAUCCUAUGGAUCUGCCUUGGAUGUCAUUGGUACUUCCAUAAUGUUUGUGAUGCUCUGUGAAUUGCUGUAUGCACACAAAACAUCCUAACUCACUACUAUAGUAUGAAAGGCCUUGUUUCUAAAAUGUAAAUUUAUUCACAUUUGAUAAAUGAAUAUCUUUUUUCCUUAAUUAUUAUCUGUUUUUACACACCAGUAGCUGUAAUGGCGCAAUAAUGGGACAAGGUAAUGACGGGAAAGACAGGUUGGGUGGCAAUUAACUGUCGUCAAUGGUUUAAUUUGUCAGAGCCAAACACUUUGUUCUGCUUAUUGCUAUUUUCUUUCUUCUGUUACUCUUUCAAAGUUCGAUCUUCGUGUGUUCCAUUUAUGGUUGUUUUUCGUGUUCUUGUUACUCUUUUACGAUGAUCUUCGUGUGUUCUGUUUAUAAAUUCGUGAAUGCAACUCUUUGGUAUCCACUUUUUAAGACAUCUUAAUAAUGUCACGUUCAUGUCGGUCAUGUUCCUAUUUCAGCCUCUGCCAAAACCUCUGCUACGAAACAAAAUGUUUGUCCUACAGCCAUUCCACCGGAAACACGACUGCAGCCGCUAGUGAUAUUUGCUGUUAUGUUUGAACGCUUGUAAAUAUUUGAGAAAUGUGUUACGCAUCAAGUUGAGUGGUGCUUGUAUUAGGAACUACAGAAAUAUAUUUUUCAUUUUAGAUAUCAUUAAUAAAUCGUUGCAUAAAAUGCAAA